UGUGGGAAAUUGGAAACAACACAACUCUCUCCUCUCCGGACAAACAACUAUCAAACUCGCGCUCUAGUUGAAAUUGAAAUCCCAACUAUCAGUAGCUACUGAUAUUCGAGCUCGGUGACCUCCACCUACGGAGCUCGUGGUUGGACGCGGGAGCUCUCCGCACGCAGCUCGGGGAACCCCGAUGGUGGGACGUGACACUGGAAAGUCAGUCGUAUCUUCUCUACCUAGAGAUAAUAAUUCACACCUUGUGUUCUUAGUUUAUUACAUCCUUCUUCUUCAAUAAUCAGCUCUCCAAGAAAUCAUUCCCAGACAAAAAAAAAGAAUCAUCUCUCUUUCCUACCUACCUACUAUUAUCAACACCCCACCAUCCCACUCUAUAUACUGUACAUACAACCACAACCAUGUCUCCCACCCUCCCUCCCAUCUCCUCCAUCCAAUCCCUCCCUCAAGAAUCCCAAUUCCACAUCCUAGAUACCCUCUUCGAACCCUCUCCUCAGCUCCACACCCUCAUGGCCCCCGUUCUCUCCCACCAGUCCUUUUCCAGCUACGACUCCCUCAUCGACGCCGUCGGCGGCCGCAUGACCGCCCUCUCCGCCGCAAACUCCCCGCAAGAUAAAGAGAUCCUCGAAGGGAUCCUCGGUUCGCAUCCGCGUCUGGGCGAGUCCUCGCCUGCUGCGAAAGAGCACAUGAGCGAGCUGAGUCGGAAGGAGCAGGCGAAUUUGAAUAAGAGUGAGGGAGAAGGAGAGGCGGAGAAAUUGAGGAUGUUGAAUAGGGAGUAUGAGGAGAAGUUUCCGGGGUUGAGAUACGUAGUCUUUGUGAACGGUCGUGGAAGAGAUGUCAUUAUGGAAGAUAUGCGUCGGAGGAUCGACCGUGGUGAUAUUGAGCGCGAGAAGGAGGAGACUAUACAGGCAAUGUGCGAUAUCGCCAAGGACCGCGCGAGGAAGUUGCAGAAGUCGGAAUAAUCGAGAUCGAUCGGUUCCUUUGC